AUGGAUGCCAAUCAGCUAUCGGCUUUGGAUCAACACAUUGCUCCGGGACUACGGUUAUGGAUGCUGAUCGCUCUUGUAUCAGGCGUAAUGCUCAUAAUGAUAGUUUUGGUAUGCUGCUUUAUGCGUAUAAGGAUUCCACGAACGAAACGUCAAAUUGAUUUGAUUGCAGCAAGACGGAAAAUGAGAAACAAGAGUGCCAAAGCUGCUGCUUCCGACGAACGUUCUCAAACAAUUGUAAUGAAUUCUAUGCGGCCAAAAGCCGGUACCCCUUCAAAGGCACCCACAUCUCAGUUGGUAGCUCCGGUUGCUGAAGAACAACCACUGGUUCAUAAAGGAUCAAAACAACAUACUGAGGUCUGA